CUGCAGUCUAGUGGGAAAUUGGAAUCGUACCUUUUAAACCUUACGACACCUCCUUUCUGAUGUUUCUAAAUCAACGUCAAUUCCUCUGUAAUCUUCAACAUGGUGACAACUCGAUCGAGCAGCUCCGCAAAGACCAAUGGUACCCCACGAGCCAAUGGAAAAUCCAAUGGCACAGGUAACGGCAUAUCGUUCGAGAAGCAACACGGGAAACGUCUCAGCGAUGAUAGCCUCGAAACAGCUUCCAAACGUCCAAAACUCGAACAGAAGACCGAUUUAACACGAUGGCGCAUGUUAGAUGAGAAUGGAAGACAUACUUGGCGAUAUCUGGAAGAUGAUGAUGCUGUGGAAAAGUGGCCGCAGAGUUGUGCCGAUAAAUGGUACCUCGGACUAGAGACCGGACUUCCUGCUCUACCCAAACCCACGAAACCUCUCGAUUCCGUUGUCAAUGGAUUAACAUUCUUCGAGAAGCUCCAACUGCCUUCGGGCCAAUGGGGAUGCGAGUACGGUGGACCUGGAUUCCUUCUACCUGGCAUAGUCAUCACCUGGUAUGUCACGAAAAAGCCGAUUCCUUGGUACGUCGCUACGGAGAUCAAGAAUUAUCUGUUCGCGAGAGCACAUCCGGAAGAUGGGGGCUGGGGUUUGCAUAUAGAAGGCGAGAGUACCGUCUUCGGUAUAUCAUUGAAUUAUACCGUCCUCCGUAUCGUCGGCGUUGAUCCCGAUCACCCGGUGAUGGUUAAGGCUAGAGGGACGCUGCAUAAGCUUGGAGGAGCUACGUUUGCCCCUCAUUGGGCUAAGUUUUGGCUGAGUAUACUAGGUGUUUGCAAAUGGGAUAUCGUCAACCCCAUCCCAGCUGAGCUAUGGCUACUCCCAGACUGGGUACCGUUUGCUCCUUGGAGAUGGUGGAUUCACAUGCGCCAAGUUUUCCUACCUAUGGGCUACGUCUACGAGAAGAAAUGGUCGUGCGAAGAGACGGAUAUUAUUCGAGGCUUGAGACAAGAACUAUUCGUCGAGCCGUGGGAGGAGAUUGACUGGGCCGGCAAUCGGAACAGUAUAUGCCCCAUCGAUAACUACCACCCAAAGUCAUGGCUUCUUAAUACCGCUAACUGGUUCCUCGUCAAUAUUUGGAACGCUUACCUCCGCCCCAAGGCACUAGGUCAAAAAGCCGAGGACUGGGCUAGUAAGCUUAUUGAUAUGGAAGAUGAAAAUACGGACUUCGCAGACUUGGCACCAGUAAACGCGGCUAUGAAUACGGUCGUAUGCUAUAUUCGUGAUGGUCCUGGCUCAUAUUCAGUCCGGAGACACCUGGAAAGACUCGAGGAUGCGUUGUGGGUCAAAAAUGAAGGCAUGCUCUGCAAUGGCACGAAUGGUGUGCAAUGCUGGGAUACAUCAUUCUUGAUCCAAGUUGCAACUGACUCGAAGCUCGAGCAAGAUCCUCGAUGGAGACCGAUGUUGACAAAAGCGCUGAAAUUUCUCGACGAUCAGCAAAUACGCGAGAACUGUAAGGAUCAGGAUAUAUGCUACCGCCAGCAACGAAAGGGCGCAUGGGCUUUCAGUACCAGAGACCAAGGAUAUGCCGUGUGCGAUUGCAUUUCUGAGGCUUUGAAAGCGGUCAUUCUUCUGCAGAAAACUCCGGGAUAUCCUCAACUCCUCGAGGAUCAGCGCAUAUUUGACGCCAUUGACACUCUGUUAACCUACCAGAACAAGUCCGGCGCUUGCUCAUCGUAUGAACCGACACGAGGCAGCGAGCGCCUGGAGAUGCUGAACGCGGCAGAGGUUUUUGGCAAGAUCAUGGUCGAAUACGAUUACGUGGAGUGCACAACAGCGGUAGUCACUGCGCUCUCGCUGUUCCAGAAACAUUGGCCUGAUUACAGGCCUCAAGAAAUCAAGGACUUCGUUGCGCGAUCCGUAAAAGCUGUCAAGUCAUUACAGAGACCGGACGGAUCGUGGUACGGCAAUUGGGCCAUAUGUUUUACCUACGCUACGAUGUUUGCGCUGGAGAGCCUGAGAAGCAUUGGGGAGACGUACAGCAAUAGCUCCUACUCGAAGAGAGGUUGCGAUUUCUUAAUUUCCAAACAGAGAGAGGAUGGAGGAUGGUCGGAAAGCUAUCGAUCCUGUGAAAGAAUGGUGUACACCGAACACCCGACAGGGUCACAAGUCGUAAUGACAGCUUGGGCCUUGAUAGCUUUGAUGAAAGCUGAUUACCCUGACAUCAAGCCCCUUAAGAAGGGUAUCAAGCUCAUCAUGGACAGACAACAACCGAAUGGCGAAUGGAAACAAGAAGCAAUCGAAGGAGUGUUCAACAAAAGCUGCAUGAUUUCAUACCCAAAUUACAAAUUUACUUUCACGAUGAAGGCACUUGGGAUGUUUGCGACGAAAUAUCCUAACGAGACGGUGGUUUAAUGGCGUGAUUCUUGGAAGCGACAAGCGUUGUUGCAUAACAUAAUGACACGAGAAUGGGAUUGAUCCGAAGUACAUAGUAGGUAGUAAAAUCUAAUAAUACUUAAUGCCACACG